AUGCCGCACUCUAGACGAGAUUUCAGCACCCUUCGCAUUCCCUGCACCAAACCAGGAUGCAACCGUUGGUUCAAGAACAAAUCCGGAUACACACAGCAUACGAACGCAGCCCAUCCAUUGUUUAGUGCAGCACCCUUACAUGCAGAACCAUCUCAAUUCACUUGGCCACAUCCAGAUGAUCCGUCCCAGUCCAAUCGUUCUCCUUCACCUAUUUUUAAUGGAGACAUCGAUCCCAUACAAUCUGAUGGUGCCUGUGAAGAGGACCGUUCUGAGAUCCCUCGUUCUGUACAAUCACCCACACCUGCAGAAUUUGUUGGCACCGGUGACCGUUUAUAUAGAAACUACCAUCCUAGUUUAACCGGUCGUCCAUGUGAUCCUGAAGGGAAUUUUCUUCCGCCAGGAGUCCUGCCUUUGCCACUUUCAGAAAAAUGCUCUGACGAUUGGACUCCCUACUGUGAUCGGUUGGAAUUUGAGCUUGCCGACUAUAUUUUCACCAAAAAUCAGACACCCGCAGCACAAAUUGACCACCUUCUUGACCUGUGGGCUGCAUCGCUAAUCCAAGCUGGCGCUUACCUAUCACAGGUACCAUUCAAAGACCAUCGUGAUGUCUACAAAACCAUUGACAGCACACCUUUAGGUGAUGUUAAAUGGCAGUCGUUCUCGGUCAAAUACACUGGAGACAUUCCAGAUGGAGACCCUGCACCCUGGAUGACUGAGAGCUACGAUGUGUGGUUUCGCGAUCCUCAUCAAGUUGUUCAGAAUAUGCUCGCCAAUCCUGACUAUGCCACAGAAGUUGAUUUGCGACCUUACUGUGAGUUUGCAACAGAAACGGAUGAGCGUCAAUGGCAGGACUUUAUGUCAGGCGACUGGGCUUGGAAUCAAGCAGAUCAAAUUGCUGAGGAUCCAGACACUCACGGCUCAAUGUUUGUGCCUGUAAUCCUCGGCAGCGAUAAAACCACAGUGUCAGUUGCCACUGGGCAAAAUGACUAUUACCUGCUGUAUGCAUCCAUAGGAAAUGUUCGCAAUAAUGUGCGUCGUGCUCACUGUGGUGCAGUUGCAGUAAUCGGAUUUUUAGCAAUGCCAAAGACAACGAAACAACACGCUAAAACUGCGAUUUUCCGCAAAUUCCAUCACCAACUAUUUCAUUCAUCACUUUCCUUCAUACUACAGACCUUGAAGCCCAUGAUGACGAAGCCUGAAGUUGUGCGCUUCGGUGAUGGCCAUUAUCGCCGUGUAAUCUAUGGACUUGGCCCAUAUAUUGCAGACUAUGAGGAACAAGUUUUACUUGCAUGCAUAGUCCAAUCAUGGUGUGCAAAAUGUACUUCAAAUAGCAAAACUCUCGACGAUGAUAAUCUCCUGCACUCGAGAGUUCACACUGACACGCUAAUUGAAGAGUGCGACCAUGAGAUGCUUUGGGAUGAGUAUGGAAUCAUCGCUCAACUUGUGCCAUUCACCAAUGAUUUCCCUCGAGCUGACAUAAAUGAACUCAUUGCGCCGGAUCUCCUCCAUCAAAUAAUAAAGGGGGCCUUCAAAGAUCACUUGGUCGCCUGGGUUGAAAAAUACCUUGUGAUUACAUAUGGCCAAGCACGAGCUGAUGUCAUACUUGAUGACAUUGAUAGAAGAAUCGCAGCAGUGCCUGCAUUUUCAGGAUUGCGCAGAUUUCCUCAAGGAUGCAACUUCAAACAGUGGACCGGAGAUGACUUAAAAGCUCUUAUGAAGGUAUAUCUGCCAGCAAUCAAAGGCUAUGUACCAACGGACAUUGUCCGUGCAUUCCAUGCACUCCUCGAGUUUUGCUACCUCGUCUGCCGUAACAUCAUCACGGAGACAUCUCUCAAAGAAAUCAACAAUGUGGUUGCUCGAUUCCAUCGGUAUCGUGAGAUUUUCAGGACCUCCGAUCAUUACAACGCCCUCAUUCGUCUUUUCGGUGCACUGAACGGACUUUGUUCAUCUAUCACAGAAAGUAAGCACAUCAAAGCUGUGAAGGAACCAUGGAGGCGGUCCAGUCGCUACAAAGCACUAGGCCAGAUGCUUGUAACCAACCAACGUCUGGACAAAUUGACUGCAUCACGCCAAGAUUUUCAUGCGCGUGGGAUGCUUAACGGCACAUGUCUAACUUCUGUUCUCGCUGCGUUGAACACACAAGCCCCCAGAGAACAUCAUGAUGCAGGCCAACAUGAGCUACCCGUCUCAUCAGCCCCUGGAGAAGAUGUGAAUGAAGACUUUGAUGUCAUUGAUGACCCUACCUCAGUCCUUGCACAUGUUGAACUCACUAAGACACCCUGUAAGCGCACCCCAUCAGGUUUCAUUUCAAUUACUGAGAAUAAGUACAUAGAAGGUACAAAACACGCGCAAAGCAUUCCAGAGCUUAGCACCGAGCUUGAUAUUCCCAACCUGGCUGACCUUGUUCGAUGGUUCCUCUUUGAACAGUCCAAUCCCAAAGAUACUCGCAACCCCACUGAGGUCCCUCUCCUAGAGUUCCCACACUAUCAAGGUCAAAUUUCCAUAUUCAACUCUGCAUCAUCGACAUUCCAUGCACCCAGCGACCUUAGUGGAAUUGGUGGCAUGAAGCACGAACAUAUUCGUGCAUGUCCAUUAUGGAGAAACGAGUACGCACGCAAUGAUUGCAUGUUUGUGAUCACCGACUCAGACACUCACGGGAUGCAGGGCAUGGAUGUUGCCCGCAUCAUGGCAUUCUUUUCUCUUCGACAGCAUGGCAGACAGAUUCCAUGUGCAGUGGUCCGCUGGUUCAAUCGGGUUGGCAAUGUUCCUGAUCCCGACACCAGCAUGUGGAUGGUUAAGCCAGCUUUUGCAGCACAAAACACCCCACACUUCGCAGUCAUUCACAUUGACACUAUCUUUCACGCAGCUCACUUAAUUCCAGUAUUUGGUACAACCCCACUCUCACCAUCAAUCAAAUUCUAUCAUGUCCUCGACAUAUUCAAACUUUUCUACGUUAACAAAUUUGCAGAUCACCAUGCCUUUGAAAUUGCCUCGUAG